GAGAGAUCUUGCUGUUCUUGAUGUGAUAUUUGUAUUCUCUAUUUCUUUAUAUUUAUCUUCGUUUCAUAGUUUGUUUUUCCUCAAACAUUACUCCUUUAAUGUCCUGGUUCACGGUCGAGUGCGGAAAUAAUACCACUCCGUUGCCUAGGGAAACCCAAUGGAACCACCUGUUGUUUACCGCCAACAACCCCCGAAAGCCGUUCGUAAACAAAGGUCCUGAACUUCCUUCCCAUGUCCACACCCUCCUUCAGGGAUUUAAUUUCCGUGUUGCCGUUCCGGGGACACCAGUCACUAUGGUAACCGGCGAGGGACAACAAAGGCGCUUUUCUUCACAGUACCUGUCAAUUGCUGAAUGCAAGAACGUUACGCUGCCGAAAAAGUGUCCUAAUUACGUGAAAUAAAUGUACAAAUUACACCAAAAAAAUGUCCAAUCGAUAUAAAUUCAUCUACAACGCUUGUGUUGAGUUCUUCGGUGUGACGACACUGGAGAACGGUGACGUCAUUAACGAGUUCCUUGACAACGAGGAUGUUACCGUGCUGGCGGCCGUCACCGUGGAUGGGGAGGUGCUGCUGCAGAACAGCGUCCCCGUGGAGAACCAGUACGGGUUGCUGUUUUACAAAAUUCCCAACCUAGACUUUAGUGGUCACACUGGAGCGGCCAAAAUUGGUCUGCUAACAUUGGAGGGUGGACUGGCCAAGUCCAUUUACAACUCGCUGCAGCGUGUCUUUUCGCCCUACAUCCUUAAGAAGUGUGAAUAUCCGGCAGAGAUACGGACGCUGCUGCAGAACCUGCACUCCAGCCUGGGACUUUCGCUGGGCCUGACCGAGUCGGGCAUCCUUUCGCUGCACGAUGAGGUUAGCUUUUGGAUACACAAAACGAAGAUGCUACCGACGAAAUCGGAUCGGGAAGCGGCCCGAUCGUUCGCCACUAUUUUGGAGCGCAUAAGCGAACAGUUUGGUGAAAGUGAGGCGAUGAGUUUGAGCAAGCUGGACGAAAUGAUCGAUGUGUGUCAGUCGGCGUUGGACGAGAUAUGGCGCCUGCCACACCAUUACCCACAGAACCGGAUGUGUAGUAUCUUCGAUAUGAUCUCCGUUCGUGUCGUUACCUCCUGUACGGAACAUUUGACCGAGUUGGAUAUGUGGGACAUUGGGACGGUUUCGCUGGACGAUGCGAUAGGUCACGUGAAGGAAACGCUCGAAUCCUGGAUACAAACUUUCGAUUCCUUGACACGCCUGUUCUGGCCCAACUAUGAGCCCCAUCCCUGGUUGGGGGAACCGUAUCGUUCGAAGCUGUUGACCAAAUUUCAAACAAGAUACAAAGAGAUUUUGGAUAUUCGCCACGUGAAGGAUCUACUGUACGCAUUGUUCUUUGAAAGUGAAAAAUACUUCCCGUUGGCCAAUGAAGUGGCAUUACCUUUUCAUGGAAUAAACAUCUACGAUCUUACCCCGCUCGGCAACAAGCGGUGGGAAACGGCAAAAGCGAAAAUGGAGCACGCCCUCGCCAAGAUAGACGAAAGUGCGGCCUUCAUACUGCAACAGAAGAUACUGGAAACCGGUGGCAAUCCCCGCCACACGGUGAUGGUUUUUAAUCGCUACAAAGAAAUUCUAACCCGUCCCCUGAUCCUGGAAACGCUCGCAGCCGAGCGCAAUCAAGUGUUCCGCAGCAUCGAUACGAUGAUACGGGAGCUGCGGGAGCUGCUCACCACCACAAACUUCACAGAAAGCAACGUGACACCGAUCGUGGCCGAAACGCGCUGCUACCGGGUGGUGGAGGAUGAGCUGCAGCAGCUCGAAUCGAUCGUUGCGGCCCUGUGUCGCGAUCGGGAUGGGUACGCGGAAGCGCUGAAGCGCAUCGGCGAGUUCAAGGAGGAAAUGCGCGCCCUCGUCCGGGGUAACUUUGAAACGUGGACCGAGAACUCCAUGAUGGCCAUACGCGAUGGUGUGCUGAGCUUGCGAGAAAACCAACCGGUGGUCGUGUUCGACAAAUCGGACAAUCAGCUCAUGAAGGUUACGUUCGGGCCGAAACUGGUCACCUUCAUCGAUGAGGCGCGCCAUUUGCAGAAUCUCGGAUUGAAACACACGCCGGAGAUUCAGCGCAAUGUAUCGCAUUCGAUGCGGUUUGUGGCGCAUGCCCGGCGGUUGCAGCAAGUGGCCACCUUUCACAACACGAUCGGUGGCUUGAUGGUGCCCUGCAUCAGGCCGAUCAUGCUGAAGAAUGCGAUGGACUUUUCGAAGCUAGUCAAGAGCGAGUCGGUUUGCUGGAGUGAGGAAGAAUCGGUCGAGCGGUACAUCGACGCACUGCAGGAAUCGGUCAAGCGGUUGCUGAAGGACAACAAUCAGCUCACCGGACAUCACGAGCAGGCACGGAAAGCGAUCCUGAAGCUGAUGGACACGGAUCUCAUCCGACAAGCGAAUGUUUGGAAGGAGGAAAUGCGCAACCUACGCGAGAUCGUUACGAGCAUGGAGCGACAGGGAUAUGGCAAUCUGAACCCUUUCAAGCUGCACUGGGACCACCAACUGUACAAGGUGCUCGAAUACCAGUACAUUGUAGGUCUGCUGGAUGUGCACCAGAAGCUGCCGGAGAUACACGUCGAUCUGAUCUUUCGCCAGCAGCGCAUCCAGUUCCGCCCGUCGCUGGAAGAGAUUCGCUCCAAGUACUACUCGCAGGUACGCCGGUUCGUCGAAAAGCCGGUCAACUUUAAGGGCCUUUCCGAGCAGGGUGGCGCACUGUUCAAAACGAUGAUCGAUCGCAACUAUCAGCACUUCGGUGUGCUGUACGAGAAGGCAGAAAUUGUGUUCCGGCAGCUGGUGGAGUUCCGGGACAGCUGGCUACCGUUUGUGGCGCUCGGGAUGGUGGAUCUGGAGCAGCUCUGCACGGUGCACUGUACGAGCUGGCAGCACUGGGAUAACAAUUUCCGUGCCUGUAAGCGGUUCAGCCAGCAGUUGGCACGGAUACAGGAGCGCGAGAAGGAGAUUGAUUGUUUGGUGGUGAGCUAUGCGCCGCUGUGCAGUGAUAUUGAUGCGCUUAGUCGGCGGUACUGGGAAGCGUUGGCGGGGAGCUUGCGGACGUCGAUUCUGGACAGCAUUGCGGAAAUACAGGAGUACCUGGCGUACUCGUUCGGUGUGCUGCAGAAUAUACCACAGGAUGAGCUGGGUAUUGCUGAAUCGAGCGCAAAGUACGAGAAGAUCGUUCACGAGCUGCCGAAGAUGAGCGAGCUGAUGAAGGCGCUGCAGGGAAAGGAUUCUUGCUUGGCAGGAUGGUGCAAGGAGCGAGUGUCGGCACUGGGCGGAAUUUUGUUGCAGUGGAACCAGCUGCAGCCACUGAUUGACAAUCAUCAGACGUUGCUGCAAGGCCGGUUGGACAUUAUUAAGGAGAAUAUAUUGAGACAGAUCAACGAGCUGAACGAUGAGGCGGAAAAGUUCUCGAUCCGGUGGGAGUCUACUAUCAGAGAUUUGGAGACAAACGAAAAUGCUGACAUGUCGCUUUUCCGUGAGCGUCAAACACAAUGGAAACAGAUACUCACCAAACGGGAAACGCUCAACAAACAAACGGAAAAGUUCAACAUAACCGUUCCCAAGGAGUUUAAUGAGAUAUUUGCUAAGCUGGAACAAGACAUUACGGAGCAGGGCAAGAAUUGGGACAUUUUCAACGAAUUCCUCAACGACUACGACACCGUCGCAAACGAAGAGUGGACAAUCUAUCGUCGACGACCCCAUCUGUUGACCGAUUUUCUCGGUCGAUGGGAAAAACCAACUGCUGGACAGGUUGCUGGUAGUGUGGCUAGUGCUCGCAUUAACACAACUAUAGAGCGCUACAAGGGUGCAUUGCCGGUACUGACCACACUGCAAUCGGACGCGUUAAUCGAAAAGCACUGGGCCAAGCUAUGCAUGAUGCUGUCGAUCGAUUCCAAAUCCCAACACGACCUCUGCCUGGGUGAUGUCCUGGGAGCAAGUGAAAAGUUGCAGGAUCUAGCCUCCGAAAUACAGGCGAUCGUACGCGGUGCUGCCUCGGAGCACGUCAUCCGGCAGGCCAUUGUGGAGUUGGAGCAGUGGAGUGCCACAGCCAUGCUCAAACUGAUCGACUAUACUGACUCCAAGGGUGCUGCUCUGAAGCUGAUUAAAGAUUACGUGGAAACGCUGAACAAAAUAGGCGACAAUCAGUUCCUACUUCAGUCGGCCAAGAAUUCGGCCUCGUUCGAGUCAUUCUCCGACCAGGCGGACGUAUGGGAGGAGAAGCUGAACAAUCUCGACUACAUCGUGACGCACCUGAACCAGAUCCAGAAGCGCUGGAUCUACUUGGAGCCGAUCUUUGGCGUAGGGACGCUAAAGAAGGAGGAAGCCGUGUUUCGAAGCAUCGACAAAAACUUUCGCUAUAUCAUGAAGGAGAUUGCGGACGAUCCGCGGGUUGUGUCGGUGAACAAGAUCAACAAUGUGCUGUCGAUCAUUGAAACGCUGCAGGGACAGAUCGCACGCUGUCAGAAUGCGCUGAGUGCGUACAUCAAAGCGAAGCGGAAUGCAUUUUCGCGGUUUUACUUCUUGUCGGACGAUGAUCUGCUGGAGCUGCUAGGGCAGUCAUCGAAGGAGAGCAUCGUGCAGAAGCAUAUCAGGAAACUGUUUCCCGGGAUAUACAGGUUGGUGCUGGAUGAGAGCUCUUCAAGGGUGAUUGGUUUCGCUAGCGAGGAAGGAGACGAACUGCGGCUGGAGGAUUCAAUCACGAUCCAGGGAGUUCCCGUUGAGGAUUGGUUGAAUGUAUUGGUGGAGAAAAUCAAGGACACACUAAAGACAUUCCUCGCGCAAUGUCUACAGCUAACCGAUUCGCUUGAUUCUGCCACGAUCGAACGCUACCCUAUGCAGAUCAUUUGCCUGGCCAACUCGAUCUCAUUCACCAAACGCACCGAAAAGGCAAUCAUUGGAAUGCAGCUAGCGAACCUCAAGCAGCACGUGCAGAACGAAAUAUCCAAGUACUCGACGAUGCUACAGCAGUGCGAAAAUCCACUCACAGGCAUCAAGCUACGAUCACUUCUAAUAGAUCUUGUGUACCAGCAGACCACGGUCGACUACCUCCUGGCGCACAAUGUAACAAACGUGAGCGACUGGUAUUGGCUGCAGCAGCUCAAGUUCUAUGCUGAUGGCAAAGCGAACGUUACCGUUCGUAUGGUGUACGCUGAGUUCCGCUAUUCGUACGAAUUCUUGGGGAAUUACGCCAAGCUGGUGUACACAUCGCUCGCUCACAACUGUUACCUCAUCCUGACGCAAGCAAUGCAACUCGGACUGGGUGGCAACCCAUUCGGACCUGCCGGUACAGGUAAGACAGAGUGCGUCAAGUCGCUCGGUGCCAUGCUCGGCCGGUUGGUACUGGUGUUUAACUGCGACGAAAACAUCGAUACGGCCGCCAUGGCACUCAUCCUUUCCGGGCUGGCACGGUGCGGUGCUUGGGGCUGUUUCGACGAGUUUAAUCGACUUCAGGAAGCAACGCUAUCCUCCAUUUCGAUGCUUAUCCAACCCCUCCAACGUGCCCUGAAAGACAAGCAAGCGGAAGUGACAAUGGGCGGUGAAACGCUCCCACUGGAUCAACACUGUUGCGUGUUUGUGACGCUCAAUCCGGCCGGGGAGGAGUACGGUGGUCGACAACAGCUCCCACUCAAUCUUCAGGCACUGUUUCGCCCGAUCGCUAUGCAAGCUCCGAGGCCACAGCAAAUCGCACGCGUCACACUGUUCGUUGAGGGUUUCAAGCAUGCCGAUCGCCUCGGAGUACAGAUUGUGGAGUUGUUUGAGCUAUCGCAGAAGAUUCUCUCCCGCCAGCGGCACUACGAUUGGGGACUGCGUGAGCUUAAAGCAGUACUGUUGGCCUGUGGUCGGGCAUUGAAAUCCAUCGACGGGGAGUCACGCGAAUAUGCCCAAGAGGCAGCGGUAGUGGUGAACGUGAUUCGAGCGAACCUUAUGUGCCGACUUACAAUAUUCGACGCAAAACGAUUCGAUGUGCUGCUCACCAACGUGUUCCCGGGCGUUCCGAUUGAACCGAGCGCAAACGCGGAGUUGCGGGCGAAAAUUCUGGACGCAUUCUCGACACUCGGCCACCAGCAGAACGACCGCCAGGUGGAGAAGUGUCUGGAGCUUCAGGCUCAACUGCAAAAACGCAUGGGAGUGGUCGUGAUUGGACCGCCCCAAUCAGGCAAAACGACCAUCAUCGCGCUGCUGAAGGAGGCACUGAUUGCACAAGGACAGAUCAUACGCAUCCACACGAUCUCACCGAAGUCAAUGAGCCGAGUGCAGCUGCUCGGACGGCUCGAUCCGGACACACGCCAGUGGACGGACGGUGUACUGACUUCGAUGGCGGUGGCAGUUAAUGCGGAAAGUCGUAACGUUACCUCGUGGAUCAUCUGCGACGGUGAUGUCGAUCCGGAGUGGAUCGAGGCACUCAACUCGGUGCUGGACGACAAUCGUCUCCUAACACUACCCUCUGGCUGGCGCAUCCAGUUCGGCAGUAACGUUAACUUCAUCUUUGAAACGCACGAUCUUUCGACGGCAUCACCGGCAACAAUAUCUCGCAUGGGUAUUAUUAAUCUGAACGCAGAAGAUCUUCCUUAUCAAUUGAUCGUAUCAGGUUGGUUGGCAAGAAAUCCACAGGGUGAUCUCCUGAAGUCUUACUUCGAUCAACAACUUUACCGUGCGAUCGACUGGAUUGAGGAGCAUCACGAACGACCUGCCGGUUACUCGUUGGUUAGUCUCGCCCAGUCAGUGCUUGUUGCGAUCGAAGGCAUUAAAAACACGGAUCAGUUCUGUGCUGAUCUACUUUGCGGCUUGAAUGGUGUGCUCAGCAUGGCCGCAAAGAAUACCCUCUCCAACCAGGUGUACGCUUGGGCAGAUAUUGCAAUUACCGACAGUGCCGUGGCGGAGUAUCACUAUUACAACAGCUUCCGGGACAUGAUCGAGCUGUACAGUACGGAUGAUAUAACGGGAGCGUCGAUCGAAAAUGGGACCUACGUCAACGUGCUCGUCCGAACUCCGCUGAUGAAGCUGAACAGUGAUUUGCUGAAGCAUAUCAUCGCUUCGAAAGAACGUUACGUGGCGCUACUGGUCGGUCCGAGUGGUAAUGGCAAGAGCCUGCUACUACAGACGAUCGUGAGCGAGUUCAGUGGCUAUCAGCUCGUUACGAUCAACUGUAGCGCACAGCUAACCACUGCCAACAUUCUCUACACGCUCAAGCAAAACUCACUGAUCGUAACGACCGUUAAGGGAAAGGAAUAUCGUCCCAACUUUUCCCGCAUCGUGCUGUACUUGAAGAAUAUCGAUCUCUGCACAGUGGAUGCGUGGGGUACCUGUGAAGUGGUGGAGUUGCUGUUGCAGCUUAUCCAUCGUCACGGGUUCUACUCCGAUGGUGUGGAGUGGAUAAGUGUGAGCGGUGUGCAAGUGUGUGCCUCGGUGACGGACCUUGAGAAGAUCACACUCUCUCCAAGGUUCCUCUCGAUCUGUCGUUUGGUGCGAUUUGGACAACCAAACGAGCAGGAUAUGGAAAGCAUCGUGCGAAGCAUUCUACUCCCCGUUUAUAAUCAGCUGGUGAAAGGAACAACACGUCUAAAGCUACACGAUCUAGUACGAUCCAUCAUCAACGUGUACGUCAAGAUCAAUCAGCAAUUUCCGCCCGGUGAGGCGACGCACUACCGCUUCACGCCGAAGCUUAUCGAGAAGUGGAUAUCGGGCCUACUGUUCUACACGGAGGAAAACUUUGGAAAAGCACUGCUCUACGAGUGCUGCCGCAUCUUCCGCGACCGUUUAGUUACGGCGGAGGAUAGGGAGCAGUUUGAGGACAUUAUUCGCGAUGAGUUCCGCAUGCUGGAACGGCUGGAGCAAGGUGAGCUGUUUGUUCCGAAAGAAGGUGCUCAGCGAAGAGGCGAUAUGCAGAUGAUAUCUGCCGAACAAUGGCAUAGUAUGGUCGAUCAUAGCAUUACUAUUUGUAAUGCUGAAAAUGUUCUCAUUGACGUACCGAUGAGUGUCGCCUUUUGUGAAACGAUCGCCUCAAUAGCUCGAGCCUUAUCACGCCCGUACGCGAACCUUGUCAUGAUUGGACGUGCAGGUUCUGGACGUCUCCAAGCGCUCUACACGGCCUGCACCAUGCUCAAUGUACGGGUAGCAUUCCCUCAAAUGUCACGCCACUAUUCUAUGGGCGAGUUUAUUGCAGCUCCACUGAAGCCACAAGCUGCUCUAGAGUCGUUCCAGAUGUCUCUCUCGGCUUAUUUCAUACAGCGGCUGCGAUCAAACUUUCAUCUGGUGGUGAUCCUGGAGUCAGAGUCACCCACCGUCCGAUCGCUGUUUGAAAGCUAUCCAGCAUUACACCAGAAAUCUGAAAUGGUUUGGAUACUGUCGGAAGCCGUUUCCAGGGCGGACGAUCUCCGUACCUAUCUGACCACCAUUGGAGGAGUCGGAGAUACGGUGCAAAAAUCCCACCAAGAACCCAACUCACUUCUCACUCCUCUGCCCGUGUACUUUAACGAUCUGAUCGAUGUAGACAUCUCCAGCUGGAGCCGUUCCCCUCUACGGCGUAUCCAUUUAAUCCGUUCCUAUUUCCAUCUGUACGGCCAGGAGAAGGCUAAAAAAGAACAGUACAAAGCAAAGAUCCAGAUUGGCGUGGACAAACUCUCAGAAACGCACCGAGUGGUGGAGCAGCUGAAAAUCGUAGCCCAAGAAAAACAGCAAGCAUUGGCAGAGAAGCGCAAACUUGCAAACCAAUCGCUGGAUAUGAUCUCCAACACGAUGAGCUCGGCAAACGACAAGAAAACGGAAUUGCUCGAGCUGCAGCGUCAGGCGCAAGAGAGCAGCGAAAAGCUGAUUGAGCGAAAGCGUGCCAUCGAGGAGGAACUCAGCCUGGUGGAGCCAACGUUGCGCGAGGCCAGCGCUGCUGUGGGUCAGAUCAAAACAGAGGCCUUAUCAGAAAUACGUUCACUUCGAGCGCCGCCCGAGAUUGUUCGCGACAUACUGGAGGGUGUGCUGCGGCUGAUGGGCAUCCGGGAUACGUCCUGGAAUAGCAUGAAAACGUUUCUGGCCAAGCGUGGGGUAAAGGAGGACAUCCGGUCACUCGAUCCUUCCCGCAUCAGUCCGGAAAACUGCGCGUCCGUCGAGAAACUACUGCAGGCAAAGGCGGACUCAUACGAACAGCGCAAUGCCAAGCGUGCGUCGGCUGCGGCAGCUCCCCUUGCGGCGUGGGUCAUAGCGAAUGUAAAGUACGCGAAGGUGAUGCAGAGCAUUAAACCACUGGAGCGGGAGCAGAACCUGUUGAAAGAGAACCUAGACCAGGCCGAGGCGGACAUGCAAUCAUUGUCCAGUGGGUUGGACAAUGUGAACGAUACCGUCCGCAGCUUGUCGGAGCAGUUGAACGUGUACACGCAAGAAGCAGCUAUGCUAGAGAUAAAGCUGGAGGAAGCAAAAAACACACUCCAUACGGCCGAAAUACUGGUACAAAACCUCAACAGCGAGUACACCAGCUGGAGUAGGGAGCUGGAUGACUUGAACGAUGCGAUCACUCACCUCGAUGGGCGAUGCUUUAUGACUGCGCUGAACAUAACUCAGCUUUCGCAGAUGAGUCUCGAGGAGCGAAGAUCCUGCAUGACAAAGCUAUCCGACGUAACGAACUUGCCCCCGUUCAGCUUGGACCAGCAACUGAUCACCAACCAGGACAAGAUCAUCUGGGAAAGCAUGGGCCUAACGGCAGACCAGCAGUAUCGCGAAAACGCAGCAAUGCUAGUUAAAUUCCUCUCCCUUUCCUACUUUUCCACCCCAACCCCACUACUAAUUGAUCCAUCCGAGUACGGUCAGCAAUGGCUAACGAACUAUCUCACCUAUCUGAACCGUACGUACGAGCUAACGAGCCAAGGAGCGGACCGGUUCGCCUACAGUCUAGAGCUGGCAGUACGUUUCGGCAAGGUGCUGAUCGUAAAAAACGUUAACGCCAUCCAGGCGCCACUGCUGUCACUGUUCUGCACCGCGGUACAGAGCCACUUCAAUAAGAAGCUGCUCCACGUGGGCAACAAGACGGUGGAUCUGCACGACGACUUUAAGCUGAUACUGAUUACACAAAACGAAACGCUUGCGCUGGAUGAAGAGCUGAGUGCCCAGCUGAUGACACUCAGGUUUACCACGACGACCGCGGGGUUGACGGACGUGCUGACGUACAGAUGGGUACAGACAAAGCAGCCUGAAAUUGAGCGCAAACGUACCGAGUUGCUACAGGAGGAGGGUAAGCUCAUGAAGGAGAAGCUCAACCUGCAGGAUAAACUACUGCAGGAGCUUUCCUCCGCUCAGGGCGAUAUUUUGAAGAAUGAACCACUGCUGAAUACUCUGAAUAGCAUUAAGGGCAGUGCGGCUGCGAUUGAGAAGGCUCUGGAGGAGUUUACGCACGUCCGAGACACAAUCAUGGAGCACUACACGCAGCGAACGGCGCUGAGUGAGCUGGCCGCUACACUUUACAUGGGACUACGCCGCUUCUAUGCCAUGAACGUUGGGAAGUAUGUUUCAAUAUUUCUGAGCGUGAUUGAUAAUGACAAGCAUGCGGCACAGGACGAACUGUACAAGAUCCUCGUACGGAGAGUGUUUUCGCUUCUGAGUCGAAGCAUCCCCAAGGACGAACAGAUCAUUCUAGGGCUGAAUGUGUGCAAGCAAGCCUUUCCGGAGUUGCUCCCCGAGCGGGAAUGGGAGUCGUUUGUGCACAACUUCACCAACCUGGACGCAUCAUCCAACCACGAUGGACAGAGUCCCCGAUGGAUUAGAUCUGAGCUUGCUGGUAAGGUAGUAGCCCUGCAAGCGUUACAUCCAGACCUUUUUGCUCGUCUUGAGCUAGAAAAUGAACCAGCCUGGAGAAAGUACACCGAAGCGGACGAAGCCAUCGCCCCUGUUUCGUUGACUGAGUUCCAGCAGAUACUGAUCGCGCAAGUACUGCGGCCCGAUUUGCUCACCAAAACCAUCCACCGAUCCGUGCGCAAUAUGCUAGGCGUGAAGAGUCUGUACAGUACCCGUCCGUCAAUAAAAAUUCUUGCGGAGGAGUCGACCCCAGCGGAACCUCUGCUACUGGUUACUGCCUCCGGGAUGGAUCCUUCGGAGGAAAUCCGUGACCAUGCCCGCCAAUGUCCCGGCGUCGGUUUGACGAAGUACGGUGAGUUCUCGAUCGGCAAGGGGCAGGAAAUGGAAGCGCUCAAGAUGGUGAAAGAUGCAGCCAACACGGGUAGCUGGAUCUGCAUCAAGAACGUACAUACAGUGCCACAGUUUCUGUCCACCACGUUGGAUGAUGCGCUGAAAACGAUUUCCCUGGCAGAUGGGUUCCGGCUUUGGUUAACGUCGGAAUCGGAUCAACACAUUGGUGAGACGUUCCAGAAGAAAUGCAAUAAGGUGUUGUAUGAACCUCCCGCCGGACUGAAGUACAAGUUAAAGCUAUUGCUCGAGCAGCACUCGCAAAGCAUCACCACAAAGAAGCGAGACUAUAAAACGAUCAAGCUGUACGUCGGGCUUUUCCUGCUGCAUUCUAUUAUCCAGGAGAGGCGAUCGUAUAUUCCGCAGGGUUGGAGCAAACGGUAUGACUUCUCCGAUGCGGAUCUUCGCACCGCCAUGGACAUGAUACAGUACGUGGAAGCAGCCGGCACGGGAAGCACGCAAAAAAUUCCCUGGCCACUGGUGCAAGGGCUAAGCGAGAAGCUUAGCUACGGCGGUAGAAUAGACAAUGAUCAGGACUUUAAUCGGUUGGAAUGUCUCAUCAGAGAGUUCAUUGAUGAGAAGAUCAUGACCAGCCGCUGGCAGCCCAUGUUCCUUAACAUAACCGUGCCCAACUCCAGCCAUGUGGAGGAUUAUGUGAAAGCUUUCGACCAACUCCCGGAUACGGACAGCCCAACACUGUACGGCAUACCGGCUUCAACGAACGCUUCGCGCGAUCUCAUCUUUUGCCGCAAUACGUUGAAAAUACUGCGCUCCCAGUACUUCUCCUCGGGCACCGUUCAUAACUAUGACAAACGUUUACGACCCAUCGUUAGUCUGUGGAACAAACUGCUGUCCACGACGAACAGCUCUUCCGCUGGCUUUAUUGCCAAGCUGAACUCACUCAUCGAGCGAUCGCGGGACAGCACUGAUCCUUGGAUGAUCUUUGUCGUUUCGGAGCUGACGGUGGCACGGAACCUGCACACUACCAUCAACGACUGUUUCCAGGCACUGAAGAUAGCGCUGAAAGAUGCAGGUCUACUGAGCAGCAAGGAUCGCUCACUGCUCACAACGAUCUGCGACAAUCAGGUGCCGAUACAGUGGCGUCGCAUAUGGAGUGGACCAAAAACGGUUAUCGAGUAUCUGCGAGCGGUUUCUUUCAAAACUAACAAUACAGAGCGUAUGUAUGGCUCGUUGCUGGAACGGCAGGCCGUGCAACAGAUCGAUUUUAACCAUCUGUUCAACGUGGAAGCCAUGCUGACGGCAUUGAAGCUGAGCAGAUCGAAACAGUCCACCAUUUCCACUACGGAGUUGCAUUUAUGUGCCACAUUUGGGGCGGCUGGUGCCGCAAAGAAGGGAGUAAUGGUGGCUUCACUGCUGAUUGAUGGUGGCACAAUGAAGCAGAACAAACUGGCCAUCCAACAGUCAGCCUUACAGCAAGGGCCCGACAUCAACGCAACAGGUUCGUUUGAGCUGAAUUAUGUACCUCGUGGGUCGGCUACCGCUAGCAAGGGGGGUACGCGAGACGACCUUCUGUCCGUACCGCUGUACAACAACAUUUCGCGCGAUGUGCUGCUGUGUACGAUCGGGAUGGAAAUUGCACCGGGAUUUAGCAGCACGCAACUGAUAUCAGCUGGUAUAGCUCUUAUUGUCCCCGAAAACUAUCAGUAGUAAUGUUUAAGUUUAGAAAUUGAUUUAAAAAAGGGUUAUUGAAGUUCACCAAAGACAGUGUUGUAGAUGCAAUGCAAGGGGAAAAGGUACAGAAGGUGAUUGCACCGUGAGUUUUUCAAACAGUUUAGCAGUUAGUUUCGAACUUGAUUCUUACAAUAUGUACACUUUUUAUUGCCUAGUUUCGAUACUCUUGUUCUUACCUACGGCAGUACGACUUCUUUUCCCGUUUCACAGUUUGACCGCACCAAGUAAAGAUUAACUUUUCACAUCCUCCA